AUGGACAACCAGUUUGCAAAAGCCUCCGGAAGUCGAAUGAAGCGCGGAACGGCACCCAACGAAGAGAUGGGCGAAUUUGAAGAUGCUUGGGAGGAUGAGAUUGAAAGCGACGAAGAAGUGGUCGAUGAGGAGCAAAAUGACGAUGAAAAUGUUCCUGCAGUCGAAGACUCUGAAGAGCAAUCUCCGCCCGACCAAGUUUUUAUUCCUGGAUACCAUACUCUGGGCGAAGACGAAAUAUUGGAAGCUGAUGAUUCCGUGUAUCUUAUGCGACAUUCCAUGGGCGUUGAUUAUCCCAGUCUGUCUUUUGACAUUCUACGGGACAGCCUUGGCGACGAGAGGCAAAGCUUUCCGACCACAGCUUACUUUGUGACUGGAGCUCAAGGAGAAACAAUGAAAAAAAACGAACUUCGAGUUUGCAAAUUGAGUUCGUUACACAAAACACAGAAAAACGGCGACUCGGACUCAGAGGAUGACGACGACGAAGACGACGACAGACUUGAUGAAGAUCCAGUGCUUGAAUAUCGAUCUGUCCCUCAUGUCGGCGGUGUUAACCGGAUACGAGCACAACCACUUCCCCCCUCCACUCCUCUACCUCCCGUUUCUCAGCCCUAUCACGUUGCAACGUGGGCAGAGACGGGUAAGGUGCACAUAUGGGAUGUUCGACCGCUCAUCGAAUCACUCGAUGUACCCGGGUAUGCAGGGAAUAAAGAUCGAACGCAGUCGCCCGUUUUUACUGUAAAUUCCCAUGGUAGAGCAGAAGGGUUUGCAAUGGACUGGGCUGCUUCAGGCCCUUCCUCGUUGCGCUUGUUAACCGGCGACAUUCACUCCAAAAUUUACCUGACAACAUCUGCGCCUUCUGGUUUUAACGCCCUUUCACAGCCUUUUACAUCUCACACAUCGAGUGUCGAAGAUAUCCAAUGGAGCCCUUCAGAGCCAACGGUGUUUGCAUCAUGCUCAGCCGACAAAACGAUACAGGUCUGGGAUGUACGAAGCAAAGGACGUAAAAGUGUUGCUAGUAUCGAUGAGGCCCAUGACGGCGACGUGAAUGUGAUCAGCUGGAAUAAAUCAACAACUUAUCUUCUUCUCAGCGGCGGAGAUGAAGGUGGAAUAAAAGUCUGGGAUUUCCGUAACAUGAAGAAAAAAAGGCGAGUACCUACCACAAAUGGCCCAGUUUCUGCGCCUAUUGCUUCUUUUAAUUGGCACAAGGCACCUAUAACGUCUAUCGAAUGGCAUCCAACGGAGGAUUCUAUGUUCCUAGCAUCAUCUGCCGAUGAUCAAGUCACCCUUUGGGACCUUGCGGUCGAGCAAGACGAUGAUGAAAUGGGAGCAGCCGAUUCUUCCGGCGAGCAGAAUGUACCGCCCCAACUGCUGUUCUCUCACCAUCAGCAAAACGUAAAAGAAGCUCACUGGCAUCCUCAGAUACCUGGGAGCGUCAUCGGUACGGGCGCCGAUGGCUUUGAUGUGUACAAGACUAUCUCUGUUUAG